GUUUCCUGUCUCACUGUCUACACACAGGAACAAACAGUACUCCACUUGGAACCAUUCUAUAUUUUCUCAUGAGGACAAUCGUGCCAGAUUGGGAUGCGGGCUCUCUGUAAACAAAUCUUGGGUAUUGAACGUGGUGCCUGAGCAAGGACUUCGGUUUCUCCAGGGCCCAUUCGUGCCAAUCCUUAGAGGCAUUUUUAGGCUUAGCAUCUCUUUCCCUUUCCUUAGGGGAAUGGAGAGGAUGGGGAGAAGGGGGAGGGGAAAGAGGAAAGGGAGGAAGAAAGCUCCAUCUCCUCAAGCCCGGGAGGCUAUUUGGCAGAGGGAGGAGUUUGCCUUUCCUUUUCUCCCUCCCCCUAGGAAGGGGAUUAUGGUGUGGUAAUCAGGCUUAACUCUCUCCGCCCUGGCUGCCAUUUGACCCGCUCUGCAGUCCGCUGACGGCAGCUGUUGAGGGGCUUGGGGGAAUGGAGGAGAAACAUCUGGCACGGGAGUGGUCUCUUGCAUUGGCCUCCUUGCUGUGGGCGAGGGGAAUUUUCAAAGCCGGGACCAACGCUGGUUCCUAGCUAGCUAUUUGCAGUCUUUUCUCCUUCCCCUCCCUCCGCUUCCUCUCCGCCCACCGCGGUCUUGCAGUUGGGCCCGCAGCCACCUCUCUCUCCCCCUCCCACCCCAACGCCAGCAUCCCCAGGCCUUGGUGCUCAGCCAUGGGGGACCUCCCGAGUCUCGUGCGCUUCUCCAUCGCCCUCCGGAUCCAGCCUAACGAUGGCCCCGUCUUCUUCAAAGUGGACGGGCAACGCUUCGGGCAGAAUCGGACCAUCAAACUGCUCACUGGUUCCUCUUACAAGGUGGAGGUGAAGAUCAAGCCCACCACUCUCCAAGUGAAGGACAUGACCAUUGGUGGUGUACUUGUCCCAUUAGAGCUGAAAUCCAAAGAGCCUGAUGGGGACCGAAUUGUUUACACAGGGAUAUAUGACACUGAAGGCGUGACCCCAACCAAAAGUGGGGAACGACAACCCAUCCAGAUCACCAUGCCUUUCAAUGAUAUUGGGACCUUUGAGACCGUGUGGCAAGUCAAGUUUUACAAUUACCACAAACGGGAUCAUUGCCAGUGGGGAAGCCCCUUCUCUGUCAUUGAGUAUGAGUGCAAGCCCAAUGAGACGCGCAGCUUGAUGUGGGUGAACAAGGAAUCUUUCUUGUGAACAUAAGCCUGAUAUUGCUGGACAAUCUCUUCAGAAAUCUACCUUAACAAAAUUGAACCCACAACCAGCACAAGCCUUAAUUAAGGCCUACUUUGACUGCUGCUCUCUCUCAUUGGAUACUGGUAACACAUGAGUCUCAAACUUUUUGGAGGUAUAAUCCUCCCCUGAUGCAAGCCCCUUCCCCUCUUGUUGCAGAUCGUGAGGCAACAUCCCUGACAAAACAACACCUUUCUCUAUUUUGCAUCUAUGUACUUGCCCCCAAGGUACUUGGUCAUACCAUUGACUGCCUCUGGCGAUCGCCAAGCAGAAAUGCAAGUUAGAUGUUGUGUAUUUAAGUGGUUCUGUGGACUGUUGUGUUUCUUGUUUCCAAGUUGAAUGACUUCUUCCUUUCUAUUCAGUGUUGUAAAUUGUGUUUGGACCUUAUUCACCAUGUGGAAUUUGGUAACAUGUACCCCUUGCUGCUUUAGACUCUGGAGGGAUUUUUCAAAGCAGGCUCUUUGGAAAGGUAUGAACUACAACAAGCAAUAACUAAAGUGGUUUGCUAGGCAGAGUCCCUUAUUUGUAUCUUGGCUUUGUGGAAGUGGGCUUGCAGAUAGAUAGCAUUUUUCCUUUUUUUUUUCUCAGAUGUAAAAUGAGAUGGCCAAAAUGGAAGGAACCUCAGAGAGAGCCUAGUUCUAUAACUAGGCUCCUAUAAGUAACUAAAAUCUAAUCCAACUACUUCUGUGUGGGGAUUAAGAGAUUGUCAAAACUCUGCUUUUUGCAAGCCAGUUUACCUGAAUUUUGUCAUAUUGCCCCUUAAGAAGUCCUGGUUAUAUUGCCUCUGUGGUUGAGACCUGCAUAUUAAUAGCAUCACUACAUUCCUCCCUCAUGUGAACUUUGUAAAACUAUAUAUGGAAUUGUAAUCAACUUUUGAUCUUUCUAAUAAAGGAAUUGGAAAGUA